CCCAACCCUUUCCCUAAACACCACUUCGCAACCCAAAAUUUGCACUUCUUCUGCUACUGCCGCUGCCAUUUCUGCUUUCAAGAUAUGCGUAAGCUUCCUUCUUCUUUUAUUCUUCGUUCCGUUGUUAAUGCUGGAAGCCAUCUUUCUAAUUUCCACUCUUUUUCUUCUUCUUCUAACACCAUUGCUACCCACAUCGAAUGCCUAAGUAAGAAACCCAUGUCCAUGCCUGUUAGAGGAAAGGGAAAAAGAGACCACCACUUCGAUAAUGUUGAUCAUGCUUUGAGUUUGUUCAAUAAGAUGAUUGAAAAGUACCCAAAGCCUUCAAUUGUGGAAUUCAAUAAAUUAUUAGGAGCCAUUGUUAAGAUGAAACAUUAUGCCAUUGUUGUUUCUAAGUAUAGACAGAUCGAAUUAUUUGGAGUUUCCCAUGAUGUUUAUUCUAUGAGCAUCUUAAUUAAUUGCUUUUGUCAAUUAGGUCGAAUUGAUUUUGGGUUUUCUGUUUUGGGGAAAAUGCUGAAGUUAGGUGUUGAGCCUGAUGUUGUAACUUUUUCAACUUUGAUAAAUGGGCUUUGUAAUCAAAGUAAGAUUUCUGAGGCCGUUUGUAUGUUCGAUGAAAUGACUGAAAAAGGGUAUCAACCUAAUUUGAUUGUUUACAGUACAAUGCUUAAGGGGUUGUGUAAGACCGGUAAUACUGGUAGAGCUGUUAGGUUUCUAAGGCUGAUGGAAAGCAGAGGUUAUGAACCUAAUAUUGUAGCAUAUAAUACCAUCCUUGACUGUCUUUGUAAGAACGGAUUGUUGAAGGAGGCUCUCGAUCUCUUCUCCGAAGUGAAGGUUAAAGGCAUUAGACCACAUAUCUUUACUUAUAACUGCUUAAUUCAUGGUAUGUAUAAUUUGGGCCAGCAGGAGGAGGCAACAAUGCUUUUGAAUGAAAUGGUUAAUAACAAUAUUUCAAUUAAUAUUGGCACUUAUAAUAUAUUAAUUGAUGCACUUUGCAAGGAAGGAACGAUUUCUAAAGCUGUAGAGACCGUUGACAUGAUGAGAAAGCAAGGCAUUGAGCCUAAUGUUGUCACGUAUACUGCAUUGGUUGAUGCGCAUUGCAAGGAAGGGAUGGUCUCAGAAGCUGAGGAUAUUGUUGACGCAAUGAUAAAGCGAGGCAUUGAGCCUGAUGUUGUCUCGUAUAAUACAUUGGUUGAUGCACAUUGUAAGGAAGGGAUGGUUUUUGAAGCUGAGGAUAUCACUGACGCAAUGAUAAAGCGAGGCAUUGAGCCUAAUGUUGUUACCUAUAGUGCAUUAAUCAACGGCCAUUGCUUGCAGAAUGAAAUGGAUAAAGCUAGAAGAGUUUUCAACUUGAUGAUUGAGAAGGGUUUUGCACCUAAUAUAGUUACUUAUAACACCAUGAUCAAUGGAUAUUGCAAAGGUAAAAGGUUAGACAAAGCAAUGGAACUCUUUCAUGAAAUAUCUCUCAAGGGACCAAUCCCGGAUACUGUCACAUAUAGCACUCUCUUGCAAAGUAUGUUUCAGUUAGGGAGAGUUUCAGCUGCAUGUGAACUGUUUAGAAAGAUGCUUGCUUCUGGACAAGUUCCAGAUAUAGCGACCUGUUUGAUUUUGCUGGAUGGUUUAUGCAAAACAGGUCAUAUCAAAGAGGCAUUGAAACUUUUUCAAGCAAUGCAAAACACUGGGUUGGAACUUGAUAUUGUCCCGUAUACUAUCCUAAUUGAUGGGUUUUGUAAAGCUGGGCAUAUCGAAGUUGCCAAGGAAUUAUUUCAUCAACUCUCAAACAAUGGUUUAAAACCGAAUGUUGUCACAUAUUGUGUAAUGAUUAAUAGGCUGUGUAAAGAGGGAUUGCCAGAUGAAGCAUACAGGUUAUUUGGGAGCAUGGGAGAUAAUGACUGUUUGCCUAAUAGCUGCUGUUAUAAUGUAAUGAUUCGGGGGUUCCUUCGCAACAGCUAUACCUCAAAGGCAACACAACUUCUUACGGAAAUGGUUGGUAAGGGCUUUUCUGCAGAUAUAUUCACUGCCACCUUAUUUAUGGAUCUUAUCAUAUACUCUAAUAAAUCAAUCUUGCUCUGAAAUGUGUCACAAAUUGUGUAAAGAUCAUAACAUGCAAAUGUGAAUCAGUUUGUACAUAACCAUUGUACAGUGAUAAAAGAUUCUGGAAACUAGAAUGAGUUUUAGUGUCUAUUUUCAAUAUUGUUGAUUGUUCUGACUUUGUGUUGUAAGCGAGAAUCUUGUUGGUGGUAAUGGUAAGAACUUAGAGGAAAA